UUUUUGAUUAAACGAAAUUGCAAAAUAUCAUCCACAUAGGUAUUUUUUACAAUUUCGCGUUAUUUAACAUUCGCAAAAUGCCAAUACGCCUCUUGACCCUACGGACAACACUUAUUACUUAUUAGUUAUUACUCGCCUUUGAAUCUUCGGACACGAAUUCAUUUUCUUAUCAUCUUAUCAAUAAAUAUUAAAUAAUAAUUAAAAUAUGUUGUACUUUUAAAAUAUUAUGUUUCAAACGUUUUAAUGAUUUAAUAUUCCGUCAACAAAUAUAAUAUAACUCUAUUUUAUUAUUAUAAUACCCAUCUUAAUCCACCUACUAUUCAUUUGAUCAUCACGUCAUGAGUCAGAAAUGUGUUGGUGGUUCUCAAAAAUAAAAUAAAUAUGUUUCUCUACAAGUAUGGAAAAUUUACCAUUAACAAGCAAUGUUCGAAAAAAUGAUCUCCCUAAUAAGCCUUCUACAUCCUAUCAGGCUGUUAAACAGAUGGUGGUUUGUAGCGUGUAGUUAGUUGAUGUCUAUUCAAUAUCACAUUUUCAAAAUUUUAUAAUAUGAGAGUCAAAAAAUUAACUGAAAGAAAUGUGGGAAUAAGUUCGGACGAUGAUAUGAUAGAUAUUACAACAUCAGGAACAAUGACUGAACGUACUUUAAAUCAGAGAUCACCUAUAAAUUUACCAGGUAUUGAUGUCAUUUUUGCGGGAACAAUACAUUUUGGUUCUGGUGAAACUGAGGAUAUUCCUGGAAUUGGUCAGUAUGAAGAUUUUCAUACAAUUGAUUGGCAACGAGACAUUGCAAGAGAUCGGAUGCGACAUAGAUAUAUACUAAAACGCAAACAAAAUUCAUUUAUUGAUCUAAUAAAAUCAGCUCACGAUGCAUGGUCUGGCUGGCUUUGUGUACUAUUGGUGGGACUCGUGACUGGAACUGUUGCAGCAAUAAUUGACAUUGGAACAUCAUGGAUGUCAGAUCUAAAAUUUGGUAUUUGUCCUCAAGCAUUUUGGUUAAACAUGGAACAAUGUUGUUGGUCGUCAAAUGAAACUUCAUUCGAGCUAGAUAAAGGAAACUGUUCACAAUGGUUUUAUUGGUCCGAAAUAAUGACUUCUUCAAACUAUGGACCUUUUGCCUACAUUGUAUCAUAUUUAUUUUACAUUGCUUGGGCAUUACUAUUUGCAGCCCUUGCUGCUGGUUUAGUCAGAAUGUUUGCCCCCUAUGCAUGUGGAUCAGGUGUCCCAGAGAUAAAAACAAUUUUAAGUGGCUUUAUAAUUAGAGGGUACUUAGGAAAGUGGACUCUACUGAUAAAAUCUGUUGGAAUAAUGAUGUGUGUUUCGGCUGGUCUCAGCUUGGGUAAAGAAGGACCUAUGGUACAUAUAGCUUCAUGUAUUGGUAAUAUUUUAUCAUAUUUGUUUCCUAAGUAUGGCCGAAAUGAAGCUAAAAAGAGAGAAAUAUUAUCAGCAGCAGCAGCUGCUGGGGUUUCUGUUGCUUUUGGGGCUCCAAUUGGUGGAGUCCUUUUUAGUUUAGAAGAGGUUAGCUAUUAUUUUCCACUGAAAACUUUAUGGCGUUCAUUCUUUUGUGCUCUCGUUGCUGCAUUUGUGCUUAGUUCAAUCAAUCCAUUUGGAAACGAACAUUCUGUAAUGUUCUAUGUGGAAUAUCACAGGCCAUGGAUGUUUUUUGAACUUAUACCAUUUAUUGGAUUGGGAAUUAUUGGAGGUGUGAUUGCAACAGUUUUUAUCAAAUGCAAUAUUAAAUGGUGUCGUUUUCGUAAAACCUCUAUUCUCGGACAAUAUCCAGUCAUGGAAGUAUUAUUACUUACAGCUGUAACAGCAAUACUCUCGUAUCCCAAUCCAUAUACACGUAUGGGAACAAGUCAAUUAAUUUAUCUUCUUUUCAGCCAAUGUGAUGUAUCUAGUAAUGAUGGUUUGUGCGAUUAUACAAACGACAAAGCAAAUGUAGCUGGACCUGGGGUAUACACAGCUAUGUUACUUCUGUCAAUGGCAUUUGUAUUGAAAUUAGUCACUACAAUUUUUACAUUUGGCAUAAAGGUACCUUGUGGUCUGUUCAUCCCGAGUUUGGCUAUGGGCGGUAUCACUGGCCGUAUUGUUGGUAUUUUGAUGCAACAGUUAGCUGCUAAACAUCCCCAUUUAUGGUUUUUUGACAAUAGUUGUGGAUUACCUGGCCAAGAAGGCUGUAUUACUCCUGGCUUGUAUGCCAUGGUAGGCGCUGCUGCUGUUCUAGGAGGAGUAACCCGAAUGACUGUUUCGUUGGUAGUCAUUAUGUUUGAAUUGACCGGUGGCGUAAGAUACAUAGUUCCGUUGAUGGCAGCUGUCAUGGCUAGCAAAUGGGUUGGUGAUGCACUGGGCAAAGAAGGAAUGUAUGAUGCUCAUAUUCAAUUAAAUGGUUAUCCGUUUUUGGACAGUAAAGAAGAUAUUGUUCACACAGCCUUGGCAGCUGAUGUUAUGCAGCCUCGUCGAGCCGAGAAUUUGAACGUUCUCACUCAGUCUUCAAUGUCACUAGAAGAUACUGAAAUAUUAUUAAAAGAAACUGAACAUAAUGGAUUUCCGGUUGUGGUUUCACGAGAAUCUCAAUAUCUCGUUGGAUAUGUGUUACGAAGAGAUUUGCAAUUGGCAUUAGAAAAUGCAAAACGGACCAUUGAUGGACUAUUACCUGAAUCUUUAGUUCUAUUUACCGACAUAAGCCAACAAGUAAUGCCGCCACCCUUAAAAUUAAAAAAAAUUCUGGAUAUGGCCCCAAUUACAAUUACCGAUCAAACGCCUAUGGAGACUGUGGUUGAUAUGUUCAGAAAAUUAGGACUCCGGCAAACAUUGGUUACACACAAUGGGAGGCUUUUGGGAGUAAUAACAAAGAAAGAUAUUUUACGUUACAUUAAACAGGUUGAUAAUGAAGAUCCCAGUUCUGUACUCUUCCAUUGAUGGUCGUUAUUUAACCAUAUGGAUUUAAUAUCCAUUAUUUAGCUCAAUUUUCGAAUAUCUGUUUAUAUAUUAUAAUAAUUUUUUUUUUUUAAAGUUUUGUUUUAGAAACUUAAUUUUAAAAAUAUUAUCAUAGUAGUUUCCUAGAUAUUUAAUUUAGUAAAUAUUUUGGGAAAGGUUAAUUGUGAAUAAUAGUUUACUCAAACAUUAAAUACUAUAUAAAAAUAACUAUGUAAUCGACUAUGAACAUUGUAAGAUGUAUUUUAAAUUUAUGGGUUUGCUCGUAGGUUGAAAUAUAUUAUUAAAAAUUAAUAAUAUUAUAUUUUUUUUUGUUAAUAAUAUAAUGAUUGACUUAAAUUCAUUGAGAAAAAUCUCUUUACUUGAUUAAAAGCCAUUCUUACAAUGUCCUGUUAAAGUUAACGGACACUUAACCAGAUAUUGUAAGAACGGCCCUUAGUUUGUUAGUACGUAUAUAUUCUAUUAUACUUAUGAGUUUUUAACGAUUAUUGUAAUUUUGUAUAUCCCUUAAACAUUUGAUUUAAUCUUUUGAUGUUGUACCUUUUCAUAAAAUAAAUGACUAAACCAUAGCCAGUUCAAUUAUUACACUAAUGCAGGGUUGCAUAAAAUGUAUAUUCAUUUAAUGGUUCAAUAAAAUUGAAGGGCUCCUAAAUCAUGUUUAAGGGAUCAAUAGCUCACUAUUGAUUCAUUAAAUGUUUAAUAAUUGUUCAUGGGUGCCAUUUAAAACUAUUUAUAAUAUUAUAAUAUAUUACUUUUAUUAUCAUAAGACAAUAAUCUAUUUUACUUUUCAAUUUUCAUAUACUACUACUACUACUACUAAUAAUAAUAAUAAUAAUAAUAAUAACAAAAUAAAGCUAAACAAAAUAUGGAAAACUAUUUGGUAUAAAUUCUUUAUUGUAUACUAAAUAAAAUAUAUAUGUACUAAUAGACUAUUGUAUAAUAAUAGUAAUUAUAAAUUGAAUUGUAAUUGUGGAGCUUAAGUAUAUAUUAUAUCGAGCAAACCCUUGAGUUUAUUAAAUGUAAUUUAACCAUAAUAAUACACAUCUUUUUUUUAAAAAUUAUUGCUGGUAGCUAAAUAGAAAAUUAUCUUGUUCCAUUGUACAAUAUAUUUAACCGUGAUUUUUGUAAAUUCUGUUAUUUGCUAUUUUUAGAUUGUUAAUUAAAUUUCUAUUAUACUAUAGGGUAUAGACUAUUGAGCAGUGGUCUUCAACCAGUUCAACCGGUGGGUUACGUGUGCUACAAAAUUUACUCGCUAUAUACUUUUAGUUUAAAAAAAAAAACAUACAGUAAAAAUAUAUUUCAUUCAACUGUACUAAGCUAAUAAAAUGUAUAUAAUCGUAAAAAUAAAUUAACAUGUUUACUGUGGAUGACUCCAGCUGGUGUAAUUUAACAUUUUUCGCAUAUGCUGAUUGCCGAAUGACACUUUAGAGGCAUGUACCUUGUUAUUAAAUACAUUACAAUUUGGUCAGCGGUACAAUUUAACUAUUCGUUUUUUGUAAGCGUUUCCUAUAUUAUGUACAUGCAAGUCAAAUUAAUAUUUUAAUUUUUCAAAAUUUAUUUUUUUAAACCCAAUUUUUAGUAUCACAACAAGUACAAAUAUGAUACACACACAGCUAAUGUUAAUUAAAAUUAGUCCGUUUUUAUUACAAUAUUUAUCAAUCAGCUUUUAUAUUUUGUACAAUCUAGGGAAAAUGUCUUCUCUAAAUCGUGAUUUUUUGAAAUUUGUCUCAAAAAUAAAUAGUAAGUAAAAUGGGUUGUGAGUCAAUCAAUAAGGUUAAAGACCACUGCUAUAGAGGUAGCUCUUAGUAACUUAAACCCUUGAUAACUUGAAGUUUUUGAUAUUUUGAUAUAAAAACCACAGAAUAAUAUUUAUUUUAUAUUUAUUCUGUGUAAAAACAAUUCCUUUCAAUAAAACUGUAAACUUAAAAUCUCAACCAUAUAAACAAUUAUUUUUAAUUAAAUACUAUUUUAUUUAUCCAUUUGUAUAUUAAUAACUAAUUAUAUUUUAAAUACUAGGUACAUCACGUCAUCUAUUAACUAUUAUCUAAGCUUAUGGUUUAUGUAAUUUUCUUUGAUAUACCUACCUACAUAAUAUAAUAUAGUUAAAAUAAUAAAAUAUAUUGCCAUAAUCUCUUUUAGAUGUAAUAAUUCUUGUUCUAUAAAUAAAUAUGUAUUCGCUGUUCCAUCUACGUAAUUUUUUAUGGUUUUUAAUUUUGUUUUAAAAUAUAAAAAAUAGAAUGAAUUCCAUUUGAUAUUUCUUUUAAAACAUUAUUGUUAUAAAUGUUAUAUUUUAUAACUUACUUAAACUUCUAUUAAAUAAAGAUCAUUAUUUCCAAGUUUUAGCACACCUACCUUGGUAUAAAAUAUAUUACCAUAUAGGUAUUAUGUUUAUUGUAAUAAAUGUUAUUUGUAUGUUAACAGUGUACAUAUUGUCCUAUUAUACAACAAUGUGAAUAUCAUUGUGUUAUGUAUGCAUUAUAUUCAUUAUU